GCCAUGCAUACAUUCUUCAAAUGACAAGCAAGAGCGAAAGAAGAAGAAAUAUAACAAAGAGUUUUCUUUCUCUUCCCUUUGAUUCAUUCCCUCUUCCUUUGUGAGUAAUUACUUCCAACAAAAGCAACCAUGCCAUCUUCACUAUCUCCGGCACCAUCUCAAGCCCACUACCUCCAACACCUCCUAGACUCAUCCCGCCCCUUCCUCCGCGAUGAACUUGAAUCUGUCGACAAGAAUUUGCCUUCACUGGUGGCCGUCUUGCGCUCUGCUGGAGCUGGUGAGUCGUGGCACAAGCUUAGCAAUUUCCUUGACCACCUUGUUGACAUAUACCGUAUUCUCAAGAUUUGGAAAGCACCAAACUCCGUGUGCCUUUGUGGCCUCCUCCACUCCUCCUAUGCCAUUUCCAACACCAACCUGGGUAUAUUCGAUCCCUCUACGGAUCGUGAAGUGGUUCGCACCCAUGUUGGGGAUGAGGUGGAGAGGUUAAUCCACUUGUACUGUAUUGUCCCAAGACAUCAUCUCAUUCGUCAUGAUCUUUUAUUCCAUUACUCUGAUUCAGAACUCGUCGAACACCUUAAGCUUUCAGAGAUAUCGUUGAGUAAUGCCAUGCACAAGGCGUUGUUCAAUGAAGAAGAACCAUGGAGGAAGAAGCUGCAGGCUCUUCUCCCCGCUGACGGGAUUACUGUGAAGCACGUUAAAACCAGCCAAGAUGUCCCAGUUUCUCGAAGGGUGGUCGCGGUUUUCCUUUUAAUGACCUUGGCAGAUUUCAGUGAACAAUAUUUUGGCUUUCAAGACGCUCUCUUUGAAAACUUCAAUGGUCGCCUUGAGAUUUCAGGCAACAACUGUGCCGCUUUGUGGCCUGGCGAUGGCAAGCCAGGUUUAUGGUUGAAUUAUCUAUCGAGGUUGGGAGCGCUAUAUAAUCUGAUAGUGAGAGAGGAAGAGAUUUUUAAGGAAGAGAGGAAAAGGGUUGGUGGUGGAGCUGAAUACAAACACACACAAAGAGAUGAAGAUAUUGAGCUUGUGGUGCCACCGGUUUUUGAAAACUGUAAGAGGGUUUUAGAUGCAGGGGAGCAAAUAGUUGCAAGGGACUUGUAUUGGGAAGCUGUUUGUGAUAUGUCUAAGAAGAACCCUGAGGAGUUGCUUUUGAGGAGCAUUGAGAAGAACCCUUUUGUGGGGGAGCCGCAUGUGGUGUUGGGUCAGGUUUAUUUGACCAAAGGGAUGUUUGAGGAGGCUGAGAGAGGGCUAACCCUUAUGUUGGAGUGGGGGAGUUCAUGGGAUAAGAGGAUGUCUUGGAAAGUAUGGAUUGCUUGGGCUAGAGUUUUGUUGAUCAAGGCUAAGGAAAAGUCAUGGCCAAAGACUUCUGGGGGCAUCUACAUCUUGGGUCUUGUGAAAUAAAAUUGGAGUACAGCCUUGGAUUUGUGUGACUCAAUAAUAAUAAUAAUAAUUAAAUAAUGGCGUUGUUAAUCACACACUUGUGUGUGCGCAUCACGUGAGCUGAAAUCGUGUUACAUUUCAGCUAGAUUGUGAAAUUGUGUAUCAUUUUGAAUUUAUAUUUGAAAUCUGUUUUGAACGCUUGAUUUUUAAGUAUGGUGUGUAUGUUGUGAACAGAGUACAACAACAAUUUCCCAUUAAAUAAACAGGAGUAAAGCCUUGGAUAGGCAAGUUACAUGGAUUUAGUAUUUCUUUCUAAG